AUGCUCAAGCGAGUUGCUUCGAGGGCGCCAUUUCCAGUUUCGCUGGAGGCCCUGCCCUGGUCGUCGCGCGGCGCUGAGCGUGUCAAUGGGAAGCUCAAGAAGAGUGGGACAGUGGGGGCGAAUGACGACCGCAUGCUUUCUGUGGAGUUUGCGGCGCCCGAGCAGGCAGCGGAGGGUUUGCCAUUUGGCUUCAAGAACGAGGCAGGGCGUGUCGCGCUGGACUCGGAGCGGCGGUGCCUUUUUGCGGGACUUGGAACGAAGCCCACCGUGUGUGACUACCGACUGGCGGUGACGAACGCAGUGCGGGAGGCGCAAAAGCUGCAGGCCUCUGCGCUGGUGCUCAAGUCGUUGCCAAACAGCGUGCAUUCCAUGGGGGACUUGUUCCAGGAGCCCGGCGUCCUGCCGUUGGAGGACGUUGUGGAGAAGACAGCCGCCUUCGCCGUGACAGCUGCCUACAAGUACGAUCGCUUGCGCUCCAAGCAGGCUGGCGAGGAGAGCGGUAAAACUCCAAUGGGGCUGUUUAUUGACUCAGAAUCCAUCGACGCCAUCGCCCGCGGGAAUGUCAUCGGUGGCUGUGUUAACGAGGCACGAAACCUGGGCAACCUGCGCGAGGACGAGGGUAUUCCGCAGCUCUACGCUGAGUGGAUCGCGAGGGAGCUUGCCCCACUUGGCGUGAAGGUGCGUCACGUACUAAAGGGAGAAAGGCUACGCAGCGCGGGGCUAAACCUCUUGUACAACGUGGGGAAAGGCUCACGGCAUGAACCGUACUUGGUUGUUUUUGAAUACACCGGCAACCGGUAUAGUGAGGAGGCAACUGCCCUCGUUGGCAAGGGCGUGACCUUUGACUGCGGUGGCCUGAACGUAAAACCGUAUGGAUCAAUGGAGACGAUGCAUUUGGACAUGAUGGGCGCUGCGACGGUGAUCUCCACCAUCAAAGCCAUCGCGUUGCUCCGCUUGCCGGUGAAUGUUGUUGGCGCCGUAGGCCUUGUGGAGAACGCCAUUGGUCCGGACAGCUAUUUCCCCUCGUCUAUCAUCACCAGUCGCAAGGGGUUGACAGUCGAGGUGCUUAACACGGACGCGGAGGGCCGUCUCGUCCUCGCGGACACCCUCACCUUCGUGCAGAGGGAUGCCAAGCUGACGAAGAGGCCGAACAGUGUUAUCGACCUUGCCACCCUCACCGGGGCUGUUCUCAUUGGCCUGGGAAGCCGACGGGCGGGGAUGUUUAGCAACGACCUCCACCUAGCCCGGCAGCUCAUGGCAGGUGGACGCAGCAGCGGGGACGAGUUGUGGCCGAUGCCGAUCGCUGAGGAGCACAAGAAGGCGGUGAAGGGUGGUCUGGCGGACCUGACGAACGUUUCCACCAGCAGGGAGGCGGGCUCCUGCACGGCCGCGGCGUUCUUGGGCAACUUCAUCGAGGACGGCGUGAAGUGGGCCCAUCUCGACAUUGCAGGUGUGGCGAUGGGUGGGGACAAACCGAAAGGGUUUCAGCCUGCCGGGGCUCCAGGGUUUGGUGUGCAGAUGCUUCUGGACUACUUCCGCCUGCCGCUGGCGGACGGCACGGCUGCUACUGAUGCCGCCGCCCCCGCCGCCGUGAUCGACAGCAGCACAAGUCAAAAGAGCGCUGCUUCCAAGGAGGAGAGCGUCGGUGAACCCGCGCUGUUGACGGACGCAGAGGAGCCGAGGCGGAGGAAGCAGAAUAGAAGGCCGGCGCCGACACGGAAGAGUGUGAAGGUGAGCCAGCAGAGGCAGAGCGCAGGGAGGCGGAAACAAUUGAGCAUAAAGGGGCGGAUACCCACCAAGCAGAAGAAGGAAAAGGUAAUGAAGCAUAACAAAAGUGAAGGGUAA